AUUUUUCUGAAUAUUUCGGAUUAAAUUAGUCUGUAAGAAGGCGUGCGUAUAGACCUCACCCCGCGCCAGUCGAUGAAAUUAGCCUGUGCCAAACAUGCUGGGAAUAUGCUGUCAAGACCGACCUGACCACCAUCAACAGCUGUGAGGUUUUCUCUGGUUUUACGUUCAUAAAACGACCUCUCCAAAGUUGAUGUCCUUUGUGUCAUCUGGAGUGCGCGACACCGUUUUUCGAGGCUUUUCUGCGAUCGAUGUAACUGGGUUUCAUGGUUAAAUGGUCGCUUCCUCCUAGUGGGAUGCACAUCAGUGUUUUGCCCUACUCACUCUCCGUCGUAAUGGCUGCCCUGUAUCAGGGGACGGACGCGUCCUCUCCCGAUAAGUACCUGGCGUUAAAGGACGUGAGAGAGGUUAAGGAGGAGACCACGCUGGACGAGAAGCUUUUCUUGCUGGCUUGCGAGAAGGGUGAUUAUUACAUGGUUAAGAAGCUUCUGGAGGAGAAGGCCCAUGGAGAGCUUAACGUCAACUGUGUGGACGUGCUAGGACGCGACGCUGUCACCAUCUCCAUCGAGAACGAGAACCUUGACAUCCUGGAACUGCUUCUGGAGCACGGCUGUCAGACAACAGAUGCAUUGCUGGUGGCCAUUGACUCUGAGGUGGUGGGAGCUGUCGACAUCCUCCUCAACCACCGGCCCAGAAGGUCCUCCAAGCCAUCCAUGGCUAAACUGAUGCAGCGGAUUCAGAACCCCGAGUACUCCACCACCAUGGACGUGGCUCCGGUGAUCCUAGCCGCCCACAGGAACAACUACGAGAUCCUGACCAUGCUGCUGAAGCAGGACAUCUCUCUGCCACGCCCACACGCCGUGGGCUGCGAAUGCACGCUCUGCAACGCCAAGAACAAGAAGGACAGCCUGCGCCAUUCCAGGUUCCGUCUGGACAUCUACCGGUGCCUGUCUAGCCCAUCUCUGAUCAUGCUGACCGAGGAGGACCCCAUCCUGCGGGCCUUCGAGCUCAGCGCUGACCUGAGGGAGCUCAGCCUGGUGGAAGUGGAGUUCAGGAACGACUAUGAUGAGCUGGCCCAGAAGUGCAAGAUGUUCGCUAAGGACCUGCUGGCCCAGGCCAGGAAUUCUCGGGAGCUGGAGGUCAUCCUGAACCACACGUCCAGCGAGGACCCCGUGGACAAGAGGGGACUCCUGGAGGAACGCAUGAACCUCAGCCGACUCAAACUGGCCAUCAAGUACAACCAGAAGGAGUUCGUGGCCCAGUCCAACUGCCAGCAGUUCCUCAACACCGUGUGGUUUGGUGAGAUGGCGAGCUACCGCCGCAAGCACACGUGUCUGAAGAUGGCGUUGGUGCUGAGCGUGGCGCUUCUGUGGCCCCUGCUGUCAAUCUGCUACCUGUUUGGGCCCCGCUCGCGCAUCGGCCAGGUCAUUCACACGCCCUUCGUCAAGUUCAUCAUCCACAGCGCGUCGUACUUCACAUUCCUGCUGCUCCUCAACCUCUACUCGCUAGUGUACAACGAGGACACGAAGAACACCAUGGGCCCCGAGCUGGAGAUGAUCGACUACCUACUCAUACUCUGGAUCGUGGGCAUGGUGUGGUCGGAUAUUAAGCGUCUAUGGUACCAGGGCUUGGAGGACUUCCUGGAAGAAUCACGGAACCAGCUGAGCUUCGUCAUGAACUCCCUCUACCUGGCAACCUUCGCCCUCAAAGUGGUGGCAUAUAGUAAGUUUAAAGACCGGGCGGAUACGGAGAGGAAGAACUGGGAUGCGUUCCACCCCAUCCUGGUGGCGGAGGGUCUGUUCGCAGUGGCUAACGUGCUAAGCUACCUGCGCCUCUUCUUCAUGUACACCACCAGCUCCAUCCUGGGACCGCUACAGAUCUCGAUGGGUCAGAUGCUGCAGGAGUUUGGCAAGUUCCUGGGCCUGUUCCUUCUGGUUCUCAUCUCCUUCACCAUCGGCCUCACCCAGCUCUAUGGGAAGGACCAGAAGCAGUCGCUCCCCAAGAACCAGACAGAGGACGAUUGUGAGGGCAUCUUCUGCCCACGGCAGAGCAACGACACGUUUCACACGUUCAUGGGGACGUGCUACGCGCUGUUCUGGUACAUCUUCUCUCUGGCGCACGUGGCCCUGUUUGUGACGAGGAUCAGCUACACAGAGGAGCUGCGCUCCUUCGUGGGGGCCCUGAUCGUGGGCACCUACAACAUCGUGGUGGUCAUCGUGCUCACCAAGCUUCUGGUGGCCAUGCUGCACAAGAGCUUCAGGCAGAUUGCGAACCACGAGGAUAAGGAGUGGAAGUUUGCCCGUGCCAAGCUGUGGCUCAGCUAUUUCGAUGACAAGUGCACUCUUCCCCCACCCUUCAACAUCUUGCCAUCCCCCAAGACCGUCUGCUACCUCAUCACCAGCCUCAGCAAAUGGGUCUGCUCACACACCUCCACGGGCAAAAUGAAGAGACAAAACAGCCUCAAGGAGUGGAAGAACCUGAAGCAGAAGCGAGACGAGAACUACCAGAAGAUCAUGUGCUGCCUGGUGCACCGCUACCUGACCUCCACGCGCCAGAAGAUGCAGAGCACCGACCAGGCCACCGUGGAGAACCUCAACGACCUGCGCCAAGACCUGUCCAAGUUCCGCAACGAGAUGAGGGACCUCCUGGGCUUCCGUACCUCCAAAUACGCCAUGUUCUACCCCAGAAGCUAGAAUCCCAUGCCGAUGUAUCUAUAUCCAACCCCCUCCGAACCAAGCACUACUGAUAUACCUUGUUCCCCUGAACCUCCCCCAAUGCGAACUUGACCCUUGCAGCAUGCUCUGGACUAUUCGAUCUCCUGUUUGGGAUGUGAAGUGGGGACAGAGGGCGUAAAUAUUGACACUCUGGAUUUUAACUGGAAUCACACAGACACAGAGAAAGCACUCUCUCAGACACAAACACACGCACACGCACACGCACACAUACACACACACACACACACACACACACACACACACACACACACACACACACACACACAGUGAUGCACAAACGCAGAAUUGUCCACGCCUUAGUCCUCAGACUCAGAGCUUAUGUAAUGGUCCCUUUCCUCCUUGUUGUUUUCUAAAAAAAGAAAAAGAAAGAAAAAGUGUCCACCUUUUCGACAAAAAAGUCUAAUAAAGAUUGAUGGAAAAUAAACUUUC